CUACUCUACUCCCUCGACUUCUCGAGUCUCGAUUCUACUCUGUCUCCAAUCUACGCAGCGAAAGCCGGCGCCGCCGUCUCCUCGAGCGCGCCGACGGCGGAGAAGACCGCAGGCACGGCGGUGUCUACGGCCUCCUCCCCUUCCUUCCAGACCCCCGCCACGGCCGCGCCGCGCCCCGCCCUAGCCUCCGCCGCCGCCUCCCCAGUCCGGCCGCCUGGCCUCUCCACGCGCGCACGGCCGGGGCGAGCAGGUCUUUUGGGGGUGGGCGACGCCGCCCGUGCCGCGGCCUCCUCCCACCUGAAUCCAUCCCAGCUCGCGCCGAAUUCGGAGGUGUCCCGUACAAUUCCUUCUGGAUUUCCAUCAUUCCAUGAUGCCUGGUGGAUUGUAGCUGCUCGUGUUUCCACGAAAGAAGGUUUGGGGGUUUAUCUCCGAAUCCUUCUUCUGGGAGGGAUACUCUAAUUGGUCCGGUUUGCUGCGGAAAUCUGUGGAGCUCGGGUAGAUGCUCCGUGUUAGUUUCGCCACAGCGCACUGCAAAUUCUAGUGGAGUGAAGAGGAAUAUGGUAGAGGGGUUGCCGGCGGAGUUGCCAAUCGUGGACGUGGCCGCUCGUUUGGAUGGCAAGAGCUCGGAGCUGCCAGAGAAUGGUGCAUUGCUGAAGGGUGCUGAGGAAUCCCAGGAUUUGGGAGGUAAUCCCGUGGCGGUGUUGACGUUGCACGAAGGCAAAGAGGUGAUCCUCGUCGAUGACAAUGAUAGUGAGCAGGAAGACGGUGGGAGUGGCAAGGUGGAUGAGAAUGCGCCCCGGGUCGGAUUGAGAUUCAAAACUUAUGAUGACGCGCUGAAGUACUAUAAGCAAUAUGCCGCGGAUUCUGGCUUUUCAGCAAUCAUUCUGAAGUCGUCCUACUUGAAGUCAGGGGUGUGCCGGAGGUUGGUGCUUGGAUGCAGUCGAGCUGGAAGAGGGAGGGCAAACGCAUGCUAUCUGUCUAGAGAAUCAACGAAGAUAAAUUGUCCAGCUAGGAUUUCGUUGAAGCUAAGGCAAGAUAGAUGGCUUCACAUUGAUGACGCUAAGCUUGAUCACAACCAUCCACCGAACCAAUCCUCGGUGUCACAUAUGAACUGUUAUAAGAAAUUGACAGAUGCCAAGAAUGAGGAAACUGCUUCAAGAUCAAAAGGGCGUAGGAAUGUUCCCAUAGGUGACAAAGAGCAAGGGAGCUUUACUGAGAUAGGAAGGCUUAAAUUUGGGGAAGGAGAUGAUGAGUACAUCCACAAGUUUUUUGGGAGCAUGCAGAACAAGAAUCCAAAUUUCUUCUACUUAGUAGAUUUGGACAAACAAGGGCGCCUAAGGAACUUGUUCUGGAGUGAUGCUAGGUCACAGGCAGCACAUGAUUACUAUGGUCGUGAUGUUAUUUACUUUGACACUUCAUACUUGACCGAAAAAUAUGAUCUGCCACUUGUCUUCUUUACUGGGGUGAAUAAUCAUGGUCAGCCUGUUUUGUUUGGUACUGGAUUACUUUCAGAUCUAGGUGUUGACAGUUAUGUGUGGUUAUUUAGGGCAUUUUUUGCAUGCAUGAAGGGCUGCUACCCAGAUGCAAUAAUCACUGAGCAUUACAAUGCUAUUUUAGAUGCAGUGAGAGAUGUUCUCCCCCAAGUUAAACACCGCCUUUGUCUGUAUCGUAUUAUGAAAGAUGUAGCAGAGAACUUGAAAGCACAUGCAGAAUUCAAAACAAUUAAGAAAGCACUGAAGAAAGUAACCUAUGGGUCACUGAAAGCCUCAGAGUUUGAAGCUGAUUGGAAGAAGAUUAUUCUGGAGCAUGGACUUGGAGAAAAUGAAUGCCUUAGUUCCCUAUAUGAGCAUCGGCAGCUAUGGGCACCCGCCUAUCUCAAAGGCCAAUUCUGGGCAGGGAUGUCAGUUUCACAGCGUGGAGAGUCUAUUGUUUCAUACUAUGAUGGGUUUGUGUACCCCAAAACUUCCCUGAAGCAAUUUUUCAGUAAAUAUGAGAUCAUAUUGGAGAACAAAUACAAGAAAGAGUUGCAAGCUGAUGAAGAAUCCUCCCAUAGGACUCCUUUGACUGUAACAAAGUUUUACAUGGAAGAGCAGCUGGCCAAAGAAUACACAAUCAACAUGUUCAAGAAAUUUCAGGACGAGUUGAAAGCAACGAUGUAUUGUGAUGGUAUGCCAACUAAAGUUGAUGGACAAUUUGUCACCUUUGUGGUGAAAGAAUGCUCAUACAUGGAAGAUGGAAAGGAGAAGGAGGGAAGGAAUUAUGAGGUUUACUUUUGCAAGCAAGAGCUUGUUAAUUGUGAAUGUGAAUGUGGUUUCUUUCAAUUCACUGGAAUCCUAUGUAGACAUAUAUUAUCUGUGUUUAAGUUGCAGGAGAUGUUUGAGAUUCCAAUAAGGUUUGUUCUUGAUCGCUGGAAAAGAGACUAUAAGAAAUUGCAUGCUGAUGCGCUUUGCAAAAAUGAUGAAAUGCUACCUGAUGUGCUACCUGAUGGCAUAAUCGAGCGUCAUGAUAUCUUGUUUACACAGUCUCGUCAGGUGCUUAAUCUAGGGUUCAUAUCCGAGGGUAGGUACCUUGUAGCUCUGAAGUUACUGAGACAAGCAGAAAAGACUCUUCUGGAUGAUGGAGAUAGAGGCAGGCAGGCAGGGCUUCUCUCGUUUGAGGCUGAAGCACCUGAAAAUGAUGAAGGGAUUUUUAGUCCUGAGUUUUCAGAGGGUGUAAAGAAUUCUCAGUCAACAAAUGCAAAGCGUCGAGGUCGUCCAACAAAGAAACUAAUUGAAUCUGAUUCUGAUACCGUAUUACGGCCAAAUAAAGAGCAGGAUUUUCUACGGUCAUCUUUUGUCACUGAUGAGUCUAAUAUGAUUCAAGGGGCACCCUCAGCCUCACACCUUGAAAGUCCUCACUUGGGAGUUGAUUUGAUGGAAGGAAUACCUCCAAACCUUUCAUUUAAUCAUCAUUUUGGUAUGGAUGUUAAUCACCAACAUCAAGUGCCCAACCAACCGAGGAUGCUCCCAAGCAAUUUUCUGCAGGCCCAGGCAGAUUCCCAGGGUUAUGGAAAUCAAUGGGCUUUCCCAACAUUGCAGGAUAAUUCAAUGCUAAGAACUGCAGCCCGAAGAGGAGUGUAGACCCUAUUUUUUGGCUCUAAUUACAGCAGUAGAAUUCUAGAUACCAUGACUCCUCCGGCGCUCGUAAUUACUACCUUAACUAACCUGAGGAUACUGAGGCGGCAGCACAUUAUAAGACAGGUUGGAUUACUUGGUAGAUGAAUCCAAAGGAUAUCCAUUGUAACUUUUUUGUUGUUUCCUGACUGUUAGCUGCUGUUACUGGUCAUAUAUUUUGACCCCAAGUUGUACAUAGCAUUAGACAUAGUCAAUGUGUACAUUACUCAUUGCGGCAGAUUGGUGAAUCACAUGAUAUCGAGUGCUGCCAAAUAUAUUGAUCGAUGUUUUCCUA